AUGUCGACUAGAGGACCCGAGCGCUGGGACCGUGAUCGCUUCGAUUAUGAGCAGGAUCGCCCUCGCUACGACGACGACGACAGGCACUACAUGAGGGGUGGAGGACGUCCCAGGGACGACUAUUACGAUGACCGUUAUGAGCGCCGAAACCCUAGGUCUUAUGACGACGACAUUGUUCGUGAGCGCCGGUAUUACGAGGAUGAGCCUCGACAUGUCCCUCGCCGCGAAUACGCCCCGGAGUAUGAGCGCAGAGCUCCUCCCGUCAUGGAGAGGGAGCGGGAGUAUCGACGAGAUCGCUCGCCGCAACGCCCUGCCUUCCUCCGCCGCCAGUCGUCUCUAGAUACGUAUGAUCGUCGACCCAUGCGCAAAUUCUACGACCAACGCGAGGAGUACCCACCACCUGCGCGUCGUGAAGACGUCGCCCCGCGAGAUCCACGGGACGAGUACCGCGCGCCACCUUACACCGAUAUACCCCUCCCAAAGACCAAGACAAAGGCUCUCCCACCUCCCAGGCGGUAUGACGACCCAUACUACGACGAUAUCAAGGUUGCUGAGCCAGACUACUAUGGCGAUGAGCACUACCGCCCUUACCCUGACCGCGUGCGUGAGCGGGAGUACGUCCGCCGCGACAGGCGAGAUACAUCCCCGGCCACAACCCGGUCUACACGCACACGUACUCGCCGCAGCAGCUCUCCCACGUCAACUACCACUUCGAGAUCAUCCAGCAGCAGCGGUGGCACCACUAUCAAGAGUGAAUACCCCAAGAAGGGCAAGACAAGAAUCCCCGCGCGUCUCGUGUCCAAGCGCGCUCUCAUCGACAUUGGCUAUCCCUUCACUGAAGAGGGCAACACCCUCAUCGUGCAAAAGGCUCUUGGUCAGGACAACAUUGAUGAGCUGCUCAAGUUAAGCGAAGAGUACAAGAAGAGUGAAAUGGAAGUGGCGGCAGCCCGCUCAUCCGCUGGAAACCUCGUUGAAGAUCGUAGAGACGAUCCUAUCUUCGUACCACCUCCCACUCCAGCCGCGCCCGCUCCCGCUCCCGCACCGCCACCUCCAGCGCCUGCGACGGUCGUUCCCCCGACACCUGCACCCGCGCCGGCCCCUGAGCCUGUGGUUGUUGCGGCACCUCCUCCGCCGACGCCGGCGCCAGCUCCGGUCGCAAACCCAGCCCCGGCUCCUGUGAUUGUCGACGCUGGGCCUCCGCCAGCCCGCGACUACUCUCCCUCUCGCACAUCCACUACCUCGAGCUGGGACUCCUAUCACCACCAUCACCAUCAUGAGGCCUCGGCUCCCAUGCCUGUGGGGCCCCUUGCCCUCGCGGAGCGCUCUCGUUCUCGCUCGCGCUCUCGCGGAGGCCGGGAGAUCCGCUCCGAAAUCCGAGCUCUGGAACGCGAGCUCGCCCAUCGCCCCAAGCACAGCACUGGUCCCGUCGGGGGCCGCGAGCUCGUACGCGCUGAGCGCUUGCCCAACGGGGAACUGGUGCUCUACGAGGAGCAGGUCGAAAAGGUCAUCCACCAUUCGAAGCCACCGCGCAUCGAAAAGGACAAGAAGGGUCGGUUAAGUCUCAGCGUCCCCAAGCGGUCAUGA